AUGUCAAGAAAAAGUAAAGAAAAAGUGACUAAAGAUGAUGAGCUUCUCAAAAACAUGAAAAAUUAUAGACGUAACCUAAUUUCUUUUAGUGAUUUGUUGGGAAGCGGUCGAUCCGGUGAUGUUUUUGCAGCCAAGUUUCAUGAAAAAAUAGGCGCUCUUAAAAUGGUUGACUUGUAUAAAAAUGAAUCUUUUGCGGAGUUAGGAAAUAAUGUUACAAAAGAAGAGAAGAAGUUGGCUAUUUUGGGCUUACAAGAAAUACAUGCAAGAGUGGUAAGGCAUGGAGAUGUCAGAUUAGAGAACAUAAUGGUAAAGAGAGAUGAAUUGGUGGGAUACAAUAAUUAG